AGGGGGGAAAAAGAGAGGCUGAGCGCGUCUAGACCUUUAUUUCCUUGUGUGUCGUCAAUCUCACUCGACUCAUCCUUUUUGGCCACCUUUUUAACUUCCAUCCGGAAGAUGCAAACCGCAAGGCGAAUAGUCGUCACUUUACUGCUCAUCAUCUCAUCAGGCGGUACUGACCAUAUUGCAACGUCCGAGUCGUCCUCGGGCUUCGCCGUCAACUCAACUAUUACAAUCUCACCUCUCCCGAAGAACGUUAUUAUGGUGAAAAAGCAGGACGUAUUGGACUCACAGAACGGAAGAAACGCUGUAAUCGACGCAGUGGAAUUAAUCGAUCCUAAAGCGAGCGAGCAAGUUUUGGAGCUCAUUGUCAAAAUCGCAGAACAUCCGGCUAUUUGGAAACAAAUUCAUCGAGUUUUGGAAACACUUGAAGCAAACAAUGCAGCUUAUUCUCAAAGGAUCGAUGCCAGUCGGAGUGAAUCUGUUUGGACCCAUAAAAGAUUGGAAAGACCAGGAGAUAAGAGGAACGAUGUGCCUGACGAUAAAAUUGCUGUUAUUUCAAACACAACUAGUUCCGGCAUUUCACCUUCAUUAGAAACGGCAUUCCAGCGUUGGAGGGACGUCCUUUUUGCUGCUAAAGAGUCCCCCCUCAUUCAUCCUCAACUCGAGGCAUCUGGGCUGCAAUCAAACAGGGAAACAAAAAUCGAACAAGAUGUUCAAAAACGGUCUGCUGCAAGAAUAAUCAAUCAGCCAGAGCAACUACGUCCAGACAAGAAUUUUGAAGAACGUCUCAGUGAAAUCGAAGAUGAACUAAAGAAAUUGACAAAAUUAAGUCGUACAUUCCCACUAAAAAUGAAACAUCUCACCACUGUUGGUCGUCAACAAGAAAAAAGAGGAAAAAUAAAAACUUCGAAGAUACUCACAAGAAAUGGGGCUUACCAAAAUCAAGGUGUUGGCGAUGAUUCCAAGCCGGUCAUUAGAGUCCAUCCCAAAUUCCAGUACCACAAAGUACAUAAUACCACCAAUCAACCAGGGCCAAGUAGUUUCUUAGGGCCAAAUUACUGGAAGAAAAUUGCUUCGUUGAAACACAACGGUAGCAAUCCGACAUCUAGACGCAACUCGUUCGUCGCCGUAUCCAUAACACCCCCAGAUGGUGAUAAACAUGAACGUGACGAAUCGUUAAUAGCCAACGUACAGCAACAAAGAAUGCUAGGGACAGAACAGAAUAAGUCAGAUUUUGGUAAACCCUGCAAAAAAUUGCACAACACCCGAAAACAAAGCAAACAACGUCCUCUAAGCAACAAGCAAUCCAGUAACAAAGACCAAUCUGGUGACUAUAUAACUAAUGGCUAAGGGAUGAAGAAGCUUGUGAAGUGUACUCUUAUUCCUUGUUUUAUCAUUGACAUGAGGAUUUUUUUCUUACUGAUGGUGAGAACAGCACCACAUCUCCACUGAACUGUAGUUUAACGGGAAAAGUUGUUGUACUUUGCUGUAUAAAAAUGGACUUGCUUUCCAUGACUUAAUACAGCAAAUUUCAUAGUUAUGCGAAAAGCGUAAAUCGUAAAAAGACCGUUAACAAGUAUUUUCUUGAAUAUCUUUUUGCUUGUCUUUUAUCCGUUGGUUGUGGAAUCCUUAACGUAGAAUUACUUUUGUACAGUUUUUUUGCAAUCUACCCUGCUUUACCACGCAGAAUAAACGUGUGCUAUUUAAAUCUCAAAA